AAGGCUGUCUAUGGUUCAGCCCUGGUCCAAAUAUGGGUCUCUUUAGAAGUAAAGAGGAGCUUUCCUUCCCUCCCUGGGACGAGGCAGGCACAACGAUGGGCAGGUGUAAACGAUCAUUACGAAAGCAGCAAAUGGGUCCAAUUGGAGAAUGAUCCAGGAUUUUACGCCAUGGUUUUAAAACGCAAUGCGCUAUCGAACGACCAUUUUGUGGCUAGGAUUCUUUGGAUCAUUUUACUUAGAAUCAAUCCUAGCUCAAGAUAUCGACGAACAAGAGUUUGAAGCUGAAGACAAUCCCGAGAACGAGAACGGGCUCUUGAUCCAGGAACACUUGCGAGAUAAUUGCACCCGUUGCAUGCUCUGGAAAGGACACCAUUGCCGGCGACUUCAACCUUGCAUCACUUGCAAUGAAACGAUGCCAUGUGGCGACUCUAUGGAAUGCCGAUAUGGGAUCUGUAGUAAACUUCCCUACCGAGUGUCUCCUACCGGUGAUCCAUUGGGUAAAGUAAUCGCAUUGAUUACCUUGACCAUCUUCCUCCUGAGUUUGUUGACCUUCUGUCUGCGGGUUUUUGCCAACUCAUGCGGAGAUCGACGCUGUUGCGUGGUCCAAUGUGCCAUCUCCCUUCAGUGCUGCUGUGAGUGGAAAGCUGGUAGAUUAAGGAUUCUUCCAAACUCUCCUGGGCACAAUACACAUCCUCGAGAUUCUGGCGGCAUUGAUCAGCAGUAUCGAACCAACGGUCGCCGAGCCAGCUUAUAUCCGCCACCACCUCCCACUUACGUGGAAUUGUUCCCAGAAGGUAAUUCAGGCCGUUCCGAAACUCUUGAACUGACGUUUCAAGCGAACGAAGAGGAUGAAAGUAGCCCUAACACCGACCAGGACCAGUCAGAUGCAAUCUCGCAUCCCGACAUUCAACAACGCCGAGCCCAAACUGCACCUGUUCAGAGACAACGCUCGUCAAGCGAGGUAGUCUUGGAGAGGUACUUUUCCAAUCCGUCAGAGGGUGCAGCGGCUGCUGUCUUCGCCGCUCGACCUCAAACCUGCAUAUGGACAUCGAGACAAUCCCUCUACCUUCAUCAGGCAACGCCGGAAUCCUUGUUCGCGACGUCCGUUACGGAGCCUCCAGGCGAGGUGGCCACGCUCAAUAUUCCGGACCAACAAGUCAUCGAACAGGCUUUCGUGCACGCCAACCCACGCUCCCUAUCCCUCCGGCUGAGCAGCUUCGAAUCAGCCCCGCCCCAAAGUACCAUGAGCCCCGUGGAGUUCGGCCAGUCUUUGGGGGAGGACUGGUCUUCACCGGAGACGUCGGCAAUGACUUCCGUCGACGAGACCAGGGUGACCUCAUAAAACAAUCAAAAUCGACCCAUUCUGAAUCGACCCAUUCUGACCAAAAACCAAUGAUGCCUACCCUCCUAGGAUGGGGCAAGUCGAAUCAAGUGAUCGACGUCUCGAAAAUCAGGACUGCUCAAGCUGCACGAGACGAGAUUCAGGAAGAACCCAUUUGCAACAAGCGAACCGUUCGACGGACUUGUAAAGUGAUCGGACUCUUAUCCCUUGGGAUCGCCUUGGUGUCGGCCCUCUAUUGUGGUGCCAUCACUCUGGGUAUGACCGACACUUAUGAAGUCAUUCGACUAGCCAACGGUUGCGACACCCUUGAGAAAUGUUCAGUGCCAUGGAACGAACUCGAGCACAACAACCAAGGCACUUGUCUCAGGGACUUUUGUCAGCAGGACUGUGCCACACUCAAUGGCAACCAACGAGUGGGCAUUUGUGAACGUACAUGCGUCCUUCGCGAGGAUUGCACCAGCAAUUUUGUGUCUUAUCGGGUCAGAGUCGACAGCCAGAUGAAGACGGUCCAGUUGAUCUC